AUGAAUAAAAGAGAUUGGCCAUUCAUGAUGAUUCAGAGAAAUGACAUCUCAGAUAACCUGGCAUUCCAUAUGAAAGAUGGGAUGAGAAACUUCAGGUAUAAGCCAGCAGACUACCAGCAGUUACAUGCCUUAACCAAAGCCACGAAGUUAGCGUCCGCUUCCGCAGAGCAGAAGAUCAGAAGAGCCGUGGAGACUUCCAAGACAGCGAAAGAACAAAUGUUGAUCAAACAACACAAACAAGUGUGGUGGCGGGAACAGGAGCGGCUGAACGGACUCAGAUGUAAAUUGGAGUCUGAAAUAAAAUCUUCUCUCAGUGAGGAGAGCAUUGGAUAUGAAUGUUUUUGUGAGCUUAUGAAUGUUGAGCAGGAGCUCUCAGAACAAUGGCGCACAUAUCUUAAAGCUGCAAUCGACCCUAUUCAUCAGCUGAGAGCAGACCUGAGGAGACAGCGCCCCUCUUCCCAGCAUGCACCCUGCCGCAAGGGGUCUAAUUCAGCAGUGGUUCUGGAAGAGGUCGACUCUGUCAAGAAACAAUCCAACGCUGUCUUUGAAAGACUUGAUCAGGAGCGACAGGAAAUAGAAAAAGACCUUUCAGACUGGAGUGUGAAGUCACUAGAUUAUUCUUCAGAAGAAAAGGCUAACCUGCUCAGUGAACAGCCCACGGAGUUAGAGACUUUGGAGUGCCCAUACCCUGAUCUGAAAUUGUCCAUCCUUACCGAGUUCUGGAACUUUACAGAGAAAUUUCAAAAGAAGCUUAAAGACUUUGAUCUGCAAUUAGAAGACAUACACAGAAACUUUCAACUAAGUGAAGAAGAGCAGUGGAUUUACCAGGCUGUCUUAGAGCAGUACCCUGGAAAUCUCCUUGGCAGAAGGACUCUUUACUUGGACAUGUUACAAAGAUAUUUUCCUCACAAAUCUAGGCAUCAUUUGGUAGAACAUGAGAAAUACUGUGACCAGUAUCACUUUGCUGGAGAGCAGAGAAGAAUCCUGAUAGACAGUUGGGAAAAGAGUAGGAAAGACUUUAUACAGAAAGCCAUGCUGACCCUCCUUGAGGCCUGUGCAGCCCAUGAAAUGGAGAGCAUGUUGGCCAAGGACAGGAAGAGACAGCAGGAACUGUGUGCUGAUCUGAAAGCCAAGGUUUCUCAAUGGCGAGCCCAUCAGGAAGAGCUAGCAAGACUGGAAAUGGAAAUUUCAGUCAGAAGAAGAGAAAGGGAAGAGGAGAAAUUAAAACUAUGGAAAAAGAAGGAAUUGCUACAAAGAGAAGAGGCGAAGAUAAAGAUAAGGAAAUACUGGGCUAAGAAGCAACAGAAGUGGCAAGACAUGGAAAUGAGAGAUCUCCAGCGUCUAGAAGAGUUGAAGACAUUAAUGGCUGAACAGUCAGUGAAAGACAGAGAAAGGGUUAAAUAUAGACAAGAAUUGUUGGAGAAGCGUUUGAUGGAGAGAAAACACAUGGCACUUCAAGAAGUUCAGGAAGAAGAAGAGAGAGAGAGGCGGCUGGAAGCCCUUCGAAAACAGGUUGCUGUUGUUGUUCACUCUGAUCCAGUCAGAAUGAUGUCAGAAACCAUGGCAUGGAAAGCCAGGACAGGCACUGAACGUGAAGAUGAAUUCAUCCUGCAAAAGCCACUGUUCACACUGACUACAUACAAUGAGCAGCAGAUAACUUCUGAUCCUAGACUUCGAUUUGAGUUAGCGCUUCGAGAAGCUGGACUCCAUAAGACACUGUAUGCCAAAGAGAUGCUACCAAAAAUCAGUCCCCAGAAGCCUCCGAGGAAGGACACAGAGUCUACUGUAUUCAAACUCUAGAGGGCAUGUGCAAAGAUUAUAUGGACAUGGAUAAUGAUUGUUACCACGUCUAAAUGUUUAAAACCCACCAGACACGUAAACCACAGCAUUUAUAAACAACUUCGCCUUUUUUACUCUUCCAAGUUUUAUGCACUAUUCUGUUUUUCUUUAAGUAACAUGUGCUAUUACCAAACUCACCAAAAUUAUGGGACUUUGGUGUACAUGUUGUCGUUUGGUGGGGUGUUAUUUUGGAAGUUUUUUCCCUAUAAAAGGGAGCUCAAAAUAACCAUUUGCAGGAAUUAUAUGUUCCAUAGCUCCAUUGUUUUAGAAAUUUGUUAUUUUACCAUUUGACUUUUAGUUAUGGGAGCUUCACUAUCACUAAUAUGUCUAUUGUUUUUUGGUUUGUUGUAAAGGAAGGAAUUGAGCCUUUCUCUUGUUCAGGAACCAACUUGGUACAUCAUGCUUACUGCAUGCAAGUCAGCUGAACAAUCUCCAUUUUCAAAUUUGCCUGAAGAAGACAGCGGAAGUGGUGUCUCCAUCAUGGGAACACCGAUUAUAUCUGGGAAGACAUGACUGUGUGGUUGUUUAGAAGGAAAAACUGAAAUUUUAGGGUACUUGAAAUAUUAUCAAAAGUUCCAAAUUACCUGAGAAAUACCUAGAUGAUUUUCUUAAAGAGAUGUAUUUCAUAUAAAACUCACCCAUAAAUUUUUGGCUAUUUCUAAAAUUUAAAAGGUGUUGUUAAAACUUCCAAUAGCUAAUAACAUUAAGAAGACUAACCCCUUUCUUUGUCUUUAUUGUCAGUCCAUGUAUUUCCUAUCUACCUCUAGCCAUGGGGUUGUUGUCUCUAGGUAGUGAUGAGAAUGCUCUGGAAACCACAAAAUCCAGGGCUGAGGACAAGGCUCAGUCAGUAGAGAGCAUGCUUAUACUGCCUGAAGCCCUGACUCCUCCCAGCACCCUAUAAACUGGAUGUGGUAGCACACACCUAUAAUUCCAGCAUCAGGAGAAUCAGCAGUUCAAGGUCAUCCUUGGCUAUAUAGUGAGUUUACAGCUAGCAUGUAAUAUAGGAGACCCUGCUGGAAAAAAGAGGAAGAGAGGGAAGAGCAGGAGAUGAGGGGGGAGAG